UGAUAUUUAAAAAGAGUUGGAGAAGAGUGUUACCGAUUGCUUCAUAUUACGUGAAAACAAUCUGUCUGAAAAUGAGAUUUAUCAAAAUGCUCAUCAUGCUGUUUGUAGUGUACCUUACAAUGAUUCAGUUCGUUGAUUCAGGUUGUGAUACGGGAAAAUCAAACAACCCUACUGUCACCGAUGUCAAAUUGGGUGAUGAACCAGAUUGGAACCAAAUUCCAAUUGGUGUCGAAGUUGACGAUCAUCGCCCCAAUCAAUAUGAUCCUCGUUCAAUUCCACCACCUCCCGAAAUUGACGGUGACCAUCCGAAUCCUGAAAACAACUUGUCAUGAGAAUGUUAGCUUAUGAAUUUUAAUUUUCAGCACAUCAAUAUCUCAGUAGAUGGUGAUCUGAAGGAGAUUUCACUUUUUUAUUUUAUUCACAAUUUUUUAAAAAUAACAUGGUAAUAAAUAUAUCUGUCACAAAAUUUGAA